UUUCUCUGCAAAGAAAUAGAGUCAUAAGUAAUCCAGCACAAAUAGUCAAAUAUAAUCAUUUGAAUUUCAUUUCAAAGCUUAAGAAAAUAAAAGCAAAAGUGUGCUAGUUUGCAUUUGCAGAAGAAGCCAAAGAUUGUCUUUUCUAAUGUUGCAUUAAUGCGUCUUUGCAACCACUUUCAUGCCUGAUGCUGCUCAUUCAAAGUCAACAUUUAAAGAAAGUCAUUUAAAAGGGUUAAAACGGGAUUUCUGAAGUAACUGUAAUCUCUUUCCACAUCAGCCCUGAACCUGCUCUGCAGGAAUGCAUGAGAGUUUAAGCUUCUACCUGCUGCGUUUCAAGCAGGUUUUGCAUUAUUGUUAUACUCUUGAUGUUGUAGCUAAUGCAAACAUAGAGAUAAAAACCAAAAGUAGUGUCAUCACUAUUAUUGUCAUCUUAAGUUUGCAUCAUAUUCAUCAUGUUUGAAACCGAUAAUGAAACAACAGUUUGUCUUUAGAGUCACGAAUGUGUUGUUUGUCAGCUUUAUCUUUUACACAGAUAAGGGCAAAGAAAAGAAAUGAAACUGGAAAAAAAAACAUGCAACGAAAGCUUGGGUUAUUUUUCUACAGUCUUUCUGACGAAUGGAACUCCAUUUCCCACAAUCCUCUGCACCACAAGCAGGAAGAACGUUCUCUCGCAGGGGUUCACUCUGAUCCAAGUUAGGAGCUUUCAGCUGCCAGCCUUGGCCCAUCAUGUAAGUGCUGCUGCGGAUUCUCUGCAGAGCAGUUGCAGAAUUACCUCUUUUUGCGACGCCGGAGGGGGCCGUGCAUUCAAGCCAAGCGGCCCGUGCACGGACACGCACGCUUCGGACGCCAAAAGGCUCAAAGUGCAUGAAGAUCGAGGCUCGUAUUUUUGCAUCUUUGUUUGCAAAGCGAGCCGCCAGAAGCUCCAGCGCGAGGAGGGACGAUGGAGGGAGGGAGCGAGAGAGAAGGCAAAGUCUUUUGUGCCUCCCCUCCCCCUCUUCAAAGCAGAGGGGAAAUGUCUCAGCCAAGGGGAGGAAAGAAGAAACCAGUGCUCAAGCUCUCCAAGGAAGUGUUUGAGCAACCUGCACCUGCCGCAGUGCCGCCCAGAGAUCUGGACUCAAAGGCUUGCGUAACAAUUGGAGAAAAGAAAUGUGAGGUGAAGGCAGACGACCUGGAGCAGAUCUGCGAGCUCGGCAGGGGCGCCUACGGCGUGGUGGACAAGAUGAGGCAUGUGCCCAGCGGUCUGAUCAUGGCUGUUAAGAGGAUCCGGGCGACAGUGAACACUCAGGAGCAAAAGAGGCUGCUGAUGGACCUGGACAUCUCCAUGAGGACUGUGGACUGCUUCUACACCGUCACCUUCUACGGGGCGCUCUUCAGAGAGGGCGAUGUGUGGAUCUGCAUGGAGCUGAUGGACACCUCUCUGGACAAGUUCUACAAGCAGGUGAUCGAGAAGGGCCUGACCAUCCCCGAGGACAUUCUGGGGAAGAUCGCCGUCUCGAUAGUAAAGGCUCUGGAGCAUCUGCACAGCAAUCUGCAAGUCAUACACCGAGACGUGAAGCCCUCCAACGUGCUGAUCAACACUCAGGGUCAAGUGAAGAUGUGUGACUUUGGCAUCAGCGGCUACCUGGUCGACUCGGUGGCUAAAACCAUGGAUGCGGGCUGCAAACCGUACAUGGCGCCGGAGAGGAUCAACCCGGAGACCAACCAGAAAGGCUACAACGUCAAAUCUGACAUCUGGAGUUUAGGAAUCACAAUGAUCGAGUUGGCCAUCCUGCGCUUCCCGUACGAGUCGUGGGGAACGCCGUUCCAGCAGCUGAAGCAGGUGGUGGAGGAGCCGUCGCCUCAGCUUCCUGCCGGCCAGUUCUCCCCAGAGUUUGUGGACUUCACCUCGCAGUGCUUGAGGAAGGUCUCCAAAGAGCGGCCGACGUACACAGAACUGAUGCAACACCCCUUCUUCACUUCGCACGACGCCAAAGAAACCGACGUGGCGAGCUUCGUGAAAGUCAUCUUGGGGGACUGAGCUGUGCGCUUGGACCCGAUGAAAAGAGAAAUAAUUGACCCACACCCCCCCAACCCAACCCCCCAACCCCCCACCCCCCAGAGGCAAAUCUCACCAGAAGCCCGUCCCACCAGAGCUCCUUCCCCUCUGCGGCGAGGGGGGAGAGUGGCGGGGGAGACGGCUGCCUCAACAACUGAAGGUGUCCGUAUGCCAAACUUCCCCCCGUGACCACUUUCCGUUUCUGCACCCACCCCUCAAGCGUCAACAGUGGGGGCUGACCACCCGGCCCCCCCUUAGAGUUCUGUUCAUCCUGCUGAAGCGUGAGCUUGCAGAGGUUAGGGGUGUGUAGAGAUUCAUAUGAUAGUGCUAUGUGUGUGUUAUCUGCAUUUUGCCUCCUGCGCCAACAUACGGACCGACUGCAUGAACAGAACAGAACCGGCAGGUUCUGGCGGCCAGAGAGGAUCGGUUUACGGAACGGAUCACGGACUCCAGGUCGCCUGCUGGUCACCAAUGGGUACUGCACAACCGCUUUUCCUUGAUUGCAUUGGAGAGCUUUCAACACGGCAUAGGCUCUUGUCUGCCUGUGUGUGUGUGCACGUGUGUGCACGUGUGUGCUCGUGGGGCGCCAUACAGGCUGUUUUACGGAUCUAUCUUAAUUACUGUUAUUGGGUUGUUUCCGGUUUUUAGGACGUCUUUUGUGCUGGUGGUUAAAAUGAAGCAGUGUUCAUAUUCAGUAAUACUGCAGUGAAAAAUCAUCAAAUCCUGUUUUCUUUGUCUAUUACAUUUGGUACUACCUUAAAAAAAACAUCAGUUGGAACAAAUGGAAAAUCAGAAGGACUUUCAUAAUAAUGAAAUCUCUCAUUAAAUCGCGAUGGAAAAACGGCAUGAUGGGUAAACAAAACCAUCACAUUACAUGCCAUAAACCUUAAUAUAUAGAUGUCAGAGCACAUGGACAGGCUGAAGAACUGAAAUGUCCUUUUUUGUUUAAAAUUGUUGGGAUCAGACUCCUGAACAGAUCUGACAGAUCUAAAAGGAUCUGUUCCUCCCUGAUGUUUGUAAAACUCGUUUUCUGGAGUAUUUCUGGGACGGUUCGAUCCCGCCGGUGGCGUGGAACUCCAGUGAAACUACAAAAGUGCCCCGCCGCCCCGCGUAGCCUCACCUAAGCGGUCUGUGUGCCUCUGUCUGUCUGGGGGGACAAGAGGGUCCAUGUCCUCCCCAUCAUCUGUUCUGAGCCAAUCAGAAGCCUCUCCACUUCAUGAAAGGAACUGGAUGUUGUUACUUUUAAUGUUAUUACUUUGUUAAUUAUUCUUAUUGCUUCGCUCCAGAUUUCUCCUCCCAGACUAAUUAACUGCAGUUCCUCUUAUUUAUUAUGACUGUGGUCUCCCUCUGGAAACCAUCAGAGACCUUAUUGUGCGUUUGUGUGGGUUUUCUUGUUUUGUUUGUCCUCUGGCUCAAAAAUGCUUUUCACCUGGACUUUGCAGCCUUCAAUGUGCCUGGACGUGUGAAUCAUGUGGCGUGGAGGAGGAGGAGGAGGCCGGGUCAGCCGCCUCCCCCUCCCCGUGUGCCGCACGGUGUCAUAAACGCUGCUGCUUUGUGUCGCUCUGCUGCUUCGGCUGCAGAGCGCUCCUCUUCGUCGUUGUUGUGUUGCUGCUCUGCGUCUGGUUGGUUUCUGCUGGCGGUUCCUGAGGAAGGUGUGCGGGUAACCCCGGUUUGGGUUUAAAGGGGGACCUGGAGGUCUUUUAAACUAACAUGAAAGGACUCGUGUCACUAGUGAGCAUCUCUUUAAAGAUGCUCCUUACCUGCAAAAACACCCAUUUCGAUUUUUUUGGGUGAGAAAUUUUUAAAUAAAAAAUAUGCAAGCUACACAACCAAAUUGUAGUGAGAUUGCGGGCAGUUCUUUAGUUUUUUUUUUCUUUUUUUACCUCUAAAAAGAUAAAAAAUGUGAACGCUCAGAGGAGUUAAUGAUGUUUUUGCCACUUCCUCUGCACUUAUAGUUUCCAUUGCAUUUGAAUUUGUUUCAUUUAGAAUUUUACUUUCUAUAUUUCAUGUUUUAUCUUUAUUGAGAUUUUUUUCUGCCCUGUGUUGGACUGGCGAGCUGUCCAGGGUUAGUUCCGCCUUCUCGCCCCUCAUUUCGACCCCGUGACCCCGACUGGGAAUGAAGCGGGUUUAGGAAAUGAAUGGAGGGAUUCUACUUCCCUUAUUUUUGUGCAGUUAUUUAAUGUUUUGAUUUCAAUUGCUCAAAAAGCUUGCAGGGAAAUGUGAGAAAAGGUGAAGCUGUGAGACACUAGGGCAUAAGUGAGCUUUAAAAAUGUUCAGGCCUUAAGGUGGACUCCCUGGCCUUAAGGUGGACUCCCCGGUCUGUUACCACGGAAACCCCCAUUGUGACAUGGACAGGUGUGGUUUCUGACUCUUGUGCGUUUGGGAAAAAGUCGAGAUUCCUUCAGAUCUGGUAGAAGACGGUGAGGAUCUUAGAAAACGGGAAGCAAAUCCUCAAACCGAUUGGAUGUCAUAGACUUUAGGAGCAUAUCCAGGAUUGGCCCUUCAGCAAACUGCACGCCUCUGCUGAGAAACGCCGUGGGGCGCGGGUUGCCGACCUGCUCGUCGAUUGGCUGGACUCCCACGGCCUUGACCCCGCGCCGCUCAUGUAGGUGUUGCCGUCGGGCUCCGCCUCUCGUCCCGACAUCAUCGUGAUGUUCAGAAAAAGGGCUCCUUCAUUUCCGUCUCUGCAGCAGGAACUUUGCUAAACAAUCCUGCCACUAUCCGGCGUCUUUUUCCUAGUUGACCAGAGAGGAGACCAGAUUCCUUUAUUUUAAACCGACCCUUAAACUGAUCCAGUGACCAGAACCAGACCAGAACCCUUUAAUGGGCAGCAGUAGCCCCUGUGUGUUGGUUCAAGUGCCUGGAUGUGGGUUUGUGGGCUCGUACUUGGAAACACUUCUGAUUGUGAUGCCUAAACACCGUUUUAGUCCUUGGGUUCCUUUCCUGGAAACACGGCGUGUUGCUCUGACGGUUUUGCACGACACCUGGGAGCCGUGUCACAGACGCACAACGGGAUUGUGUUUCUGUGCUUCAGUCGAGGAAAGCAGUAAAAGCCGUAAAGCUGCGGUGUGAGUCUGAAAGGCCGUUAACGGAACCUCCUGGUCUUUGGAAAACAGCGAGAAGGCUGCUCAGCAGUGCCCCUGGUGGUCAGAAGCGGUACGGUUGCCUGAACAUGAAGCAGCACCAAAAGUAAAUGAAGGUAACCGUCGUCGUAUCAGCAGUUCAUUUCUCAACUCAUGAAGCCAAAUUUAAGGAAAAAAAAUCUGUUUUCUUCAUUUAAACGCAAAAAAAUAACUUGUUUUGUUAAUAAACUUUAUGUUUUUCCCAUUUGGUGCCCCAAAUAGUGACAUCUAGAGGCUGAAAUUGUAAAAUACAACCUAGAUUCUACAAAAAUUAAAUAAUAUUAAAUCCUUCUAAUGGAAAAAAUAAACCUUUACCUCUUUUGGACAGUUUUGUGCAGAUUAAAGUAAUGUAAUGGUUUCAAUUCAUCAUAGACUGUUUCUGAGAAAACAGUCAGGGUUUUACAUAACACACUGGAGCAGGAAAACUGUCUCUCAAACUCUGCAUUUUACUUUUCCUUUUGCUGGCAGCAGAACUGUCUAGAUGUUUCGUCAUGGUGCCUCAAUCCAAAAAAACAUGCAGAGACUUGCAUCUUUACUGAAGCCAUUCAUUCUUGCCAAAUAUGCAAUGAAGACAAGAUGGCGACUUCCACUCAGGCUCUGCAGCGCGCUGACAUAUUAAUGUGCAGAAAAACUGUGCAGACUUUGCUCGCCCCAAACGCAAACGCACAGGUUUAUGCGGGAAUACGGCCUCGACACCCGACAGGGUUCACUCCAAAGCGGAGACCGGCCUCUGCUUCCUAAGUUCUUGUCGAAUGGUAUCAUCAGGAUUGGAUGUCUUGAUUGAGAUUUGAACAGAAGCCUUUGGUUCUCACCCUGCAUCUCCUGCAGAAAAACUUAAGAUUGUUUGGAACAGCAGCAGCUUUCCACAAACGUGCUUUAGAACCGUGCUCCAUCUUUGACUCAGAUCCCCUUCAUAGGACUGUCAGAACACCGAGACAUGCAGAAUCAGACGUGUUUGGCGUCGCCAGCCCUGGUAGAGAUGCAGCCUUCUUUGCAAUGCUUUGUAAAAUAGUCAAAGGCAGGAGUGCAGAUCUGCGCUUCCUCUGCGCGGCUGAAGGAAAAGUCCUGAUUUAGUCGCUCCUCAAGGUCAAAGCAGACUGCAGGACGCCUCAUCAUCAGACCAACCAGCAGAUUAUCCAUAUAAGUUGAUAAGUAUUUCAAAUCGAACUCGUUUUUUUUCUUUCUUUUCUAUUGUUUGCCGCUCUCCUCGUGGCCGUCACAGUCGGCGAACUUUAAGUCCUUUCCCUAAAUUGGAAAUGGAAAGGUUUGGUUCAGGAAACCCGGAUGAUUGGACUCCUGUGUGUCUGCGUGUGGCUCAGCACAUGCGUGUCGUCUUCGUGGUUUCUUGUCAGCUUGCACGUGCGUCUGGUUGCAUCCUGCCCCCCCCGCCCCACUAUCAGCUGGUCACAGGAAGUGGAAACCUGCCGUUUGAACCGGUGAGCGGCUAACGACAGACCGGCACGUCUUCUGGAGGAUUCUUUAUCACUGGCAGCGUGACACGAGUCUGGGAGAGAAACUCCGCUCAAAGAUUUCCAGUAGCCUCCAUGUUGGGAGGGGGGCGCCUCUGGCCCCCUCCGGACAGACAGCAGAGUUUUUCCACCUCUGUCCUUUGUGAACGUCCCCCAUGCUGCGACCUGUGACCUGUGGAGCUUGUCUGACGGUGAACUGCUGGUAAACGCAGCUCUUUGUGACUUCUGGUGUUGCGGUGUUGUGCUCCCUCAGCCCGCCUGGGGGUGGGGGGGGGGGUGGUGUCCAGAUGUGUUACUUUACAUGGAAGUGGCUCUUUUUCUGUUGCUGUCUGGAGAACGUUACCAUGGCUACGACUCCAUGGGAAGUGAAGUUCUCGGUAUAUUUCCGCGUCCUCCUCUGCUAAAGACUGAAGACUGUUCACUUAGAGCUCAUCUGAAUUUCUAGAAUAUUUUAGCUCAACCAGAUUGUGUGCAAUUGUAACGAUGGAAAUGAAAUAAAAAAAGAGGUAUUUUUACACAAA